UUUCAACGCGCCUUAUCACAAGUCCUGGACAGAGAUAAGAGGGCGCAAAUGGCGUUGCAAGCAAUAGGAGCAUCCUCUCCCUCUUCCGGCCUCUAUCGGAUUCGGAUCCGCGCCUCUGCGGGCGGGAACCCACCCGGCUCUCUCGUCGCGGUUGGUGCCAAUUUUGCGGGCAUCACCAGCUCCCUCCUCAACUUAUCGCCAGGCUUAGCUCGCGGGUUCAGGUUCGACGUCCUGUACCCGAUCCAAGGCUUCACUCGCUGUUUCGACCCCAGCAAUGGCUUCGAGUUCAUAUAUCCUGCAAACUGGGUUGGAGACCAAACGCUGUUGUAUAGAGCUGUAGGCAAUGCAGAGUCUCAAAGAUCACUAGAUCCUCCACCUUUGAACAGAAACGGAUCAAGAAGUCGAGGUGCAAAUGAGCCUGCAGUGGCUUUUGGACCUCCGGGCUCCAAUGGUGAGCUCAAUGUCAGCGUCAUCGUCUCAGAAGUUCCUCGUGAUUUCUCAAUUGAGGCUUUUGGCGGUCCGAAGGAAGUCGGAGAAUCUGUGCUGAAGAAAAUCGCUGGAUCAAGGAAAGGACCAGAAAUUACAGCGACGCUUGUUGAUGCAACUUUGAGAGAAGAUACCUUGAAGAAGGUGAACUAUUACAAGUUAGAGUUCAGAGUGGAGAGCCCUUCAUUUCGUCGACACAAUGUUGCUGUUUGUACUUCAAGAAACGGAAAGCUCUUCACUUUAAAUGCUCAGGCGCCUGAAUCGACUUGGGUGAAGGUCAGGAAUGAGUUCUGUAAGAUGGCAGAUUCUUUCAAUCUCACUGAAGCCUGAACAUAAUACUGUAACAUUGUAUGUUGAGUGGUUAUCUACAAAAUUUUCAACGACAAGAAAUGCACAUGAAGGGUAGAGAUAUGAGGCCAAAACGUUAAUCAAAUUACGAAAUUUUGUUACUCACAAUCAUUUUUCCUCUCAUAUUCGUGGAGGCAUUUAUCAUGAAUUCUUGCAGUAAUGAGGUAUAGGGAUUGUCCUGAUAA